UUCAGUUAGCUCAAACCAGAAAAAGAAGCAUUUAAUGUGAGCGUGAUAUCCAGCGGCAUCUGCUUACGUUUUAAUGUUUUGAGAUAAACACAGACCCUCGGAUUGAGAAUGGACAAAUAUUCACCCUCAGAUGAAUAUUAAAUGCUCCUACCAGCUCAAUUUCCCUCUCUCUCUCUCACACACACAGUGCAAAGCUUCCUUCAGCCACCACUUCCUCCGCACCUAACAACCUGUGAGAUUUACAGAAACACUAUAUUAAUACUACUUGGUUCAAGAAACUCAUCUUGAAGAGAUGAAGCAGCUUUUCUCAUGGAGCAACCCCAUGUUUCAUCUUGAUCGCUGUUUGGUCUUUUUGCUGCUUUUUCGCUAUUUAUGCUCCCAAGUUUCCAGCUUGGGAUCAAUGUCAUCCAUCGCCAUUUCUUACGGUGAAAACGGUCCCGUCUUCUGUGGUUUAAAAUCUGAUGGCUCUCAUUUGGCCGACUGUUAUGGCUCAAAUCCUGCUAUCAUUCAUGCAACGCCAAAUCAUACGCCUUUUCUCGGUUUGACCGCUGGUAGUGGCUUUGUUUGUGGACUUCAGAUGGAUUCAAAUGAACCCUUUUGCUGGGGUAGCACAGGGUUUAUCCCAAUGGGUACGCCUCUAAAAGCAGAUGAGAAUUCUGAGUACAUAGAAAUUAGUGCUGGAGACCACCAUUUAUGUGGAUUGAGAAAACCCUUGAUGGGAGACUUGAGGAAUACUUCUUUAGUUGAUUGUUGGGGUUAUAACAUGACAAAAAGUUACAAUUUUGAUGGGCAGAUUCAAUCUAUUUCUGCAGGUUCUGAGUUUAACUGUGGUUUGUUUGCUCAGAACAGGAGCGUUUUCUGCUGGGGUGAUCAAACUAGUAGUAAUGUGAUAGGAUUGGUCCCCAAGGAGUUGAGAUUUAGAAAAAUAGCAGCUGGGGGUUUUCAUGUUUGUGGGAUUUUGCAAGGGGUGGAUUCUAGAGUGGCUUGUUGGGGGACGAGUUUGGAUCUUGAACUAGAGAUUUCUGUUGGUUCUCUUAUGCAUUCUGGGCAGCUUAACGUGGACUUGGCGCCUCAGGAUCCUAUGCUCUCUGUAGUUGGGGGAAAGUUUCAUGCUUGUGGGAUUAGAAGUUAUGACAGAGUAGUGAUUUGCUGGGGUUAUACAGUGGAGAAAAGUACACCUCCUCCCAAUGGUGUUAAGCUUUAUGAGAUUGCUGCUGGGGAUUACUUCACUUGUGGAAUUCUAGCUGAGACAUCUCUUUCGCCUAUCUGUUGGGGUGCCGAUUUUCCUUCAGCUCUGCCGCUGGCUGUUUCACCUGGACUUUGCAAGCCAACACCUUGUUCACGUGAUUUUUAUGAGUUUAAUAAUGCAAGUUCACCUUGCAAGUCUCCUGGCUCUCACAUUUGCUUGCCUUGUAGCGAUGGCUGUCCUAAUGAAAUGUAUCAGGUCAGUGAAUGCAGCUUAACAUCGGAUAGGCAAUGUGGAUUCAACUGUUCGAGUUGCACCUCAGGUGAGUGCAUCAAUAAUUGUUCCAGUGCUGCUAGAACUGGAAGCAAGAAUGAAAAGUUCUGGUCACUGCAAUUGCCAAUCAUUACUGCAGAGGUUUCCUUUGCUUUAUUUUUGGUAAGUGCUGUUACUCUGACUUCUGUUCUAUAUGUUCGAUACAAGUUAAGGAACUGUAGGUGCUCUGUUACUUCCAAAAAGCGUAGUGGAAAUGGUUCUUCUCGUAAGGAGAGUGGGAAGAUUCGUCCAGACUUGGAUGAGCUGAAGAUUAGGAGGGCUCAGAUGUUUUCAUACGAGGAACUUGAAAGAGCCACUGGGGGGUUUAAGGAAGAAUCACUUCUGGGAAAGGGUAGUUUUUCUUGUGUCUUUAAAGGUGUCUUGAAGGAUGGGACGACAGUUGCGGUGAAAAGGGCUAUUGUCUCUCCUGACGUGAAGAAGAAUUCAAAGGAGUUUCAUACAGAGCUAGAUUUGCUUUCCAGGUUAAACCAUGCCCAUCUGCUCAAUUUGCUUGGUUACUGUGAAGAAGGUGGAGAGAGACUUCUGGUUUAUGAGUUCAUGGCUAAUGGAUCUUUGCAUCAACACCUCCACAGUAAGAACAAGGAACUGAAAGACCAAUUAGAUUGGGUCAGGAGGGUUACUAUUGCAGUUCAAGCGGCUCGUGGGAUUGAAUAUCUACAUGGCUAUGCUUGUCCCCCUGUAAUUCACCGUGACAUAAAGUCUUCAAAUAUUCUCAUAGAUGAAGAGCACAAUGCACGUGUUGCUGACUUUGGCCUCUCUUUACUGGGACCAGCCAACAGUAGCUCCCCCUUGGCUGAACUGCCUGCUGGUACUCUUGGCUAUCUUGACCCUGAGUACUAUAGGCUUCAUUACCUUACGACCAAAUCAGAUGUUUAUAGUUUUGGUGUUUUGCUGUUGGAAAUUCUCAGCGGUCGGAAAGCCAUUGAUAUGCAGUAUGAAGAAGGAAACAUAGUUGAAUGGGCUGUCCCUUUGAUCAAAGCUGGUGAUCUAGAAGCCAUUCUUGAUCCAGCACUGAAACCUCCACCAGAUCUUGAAGCACUGAAGCGAAUUGCUAAUAUAGCAAGUAAAUGUGUGAGAAUGAGAGGAAAGGAGAGGCCAUCAAUGGACAAAGUGACUACAGCUUUGGAGCGCGCACUUGCUCUGUUAAUGGGUAGCCCAUCUAAUGAUCAGCCUAUCUUGCCGACUGAGGUGGUUUUGGGAAGUAGUAGAUUGCAUAAGAAGUCUUCUCAAAGAUCAGGAAACCGGUCAACCUCAGAAACAGAUGGGGCGGAUACAGAGGAUCAAAGAUUUGAAUUCAGGGCUCCAUCAUGGAUCACUUUUCCUAGCGUUGCUUCCUCGCAGAGGAGAAAAUCAUCUGUUUCUGAAUCAGAUCUUGAUGGGAAAAACAUAGAACCAAGAAAUGUGGGAAAUGGAGCCUGUAUUGGAGACGCAUUCAGAAACCCAGUGGAAGAGAUUGGUCCUGCUUCUCCUCAAGAACACUUGUACUUGCAGCACAAUUUCUAGCUAGAUUGAGGUGAUGCAGGGGGGAUGUUUGCACUAUAGUUUUAGUGGUGUUACACUUCAAUCAAUGAGAGAAAUGUGUAAGGAUGCAGGGAUGUCUCAUAAGCGAUCAUUACAAGUCGAAUGCCUCUUUCUUGUACCUAUAACUCUGUUAACUAUGCAUAUUCUGUCUCGACUAAGCUGGUCUUUAAUGCAUAAAACCUGAUUUCACUUU